AUGCCCGCAAAAACCUCCUCCUUACCGUACACCUCUCUACCUUCCCACCGGGAUUUCUAUCCCCAAAACGUCAUCGUUCUCUCCUACUACCAUCCCCGAAACCAUUUCAUCAACCGCUGCCUCCUCUUCACAACCGCAUUCUUCCUCCUCUCCGCCACCGUCUACUUCCUCUACCCUUCCGACCCCGCAAUCCAGCUCUCCAGAAUUAGACUCAACCACAUCCGAGUCAAAUCAUCCCCUGAGCUCACUCUGGACGUCUCUUUCUCUCUGGCAAUUAAAGUUCGAAACAGAGAUUUCUUCUCUUUGGAUUAUGAUUCUCUUGGAGUUUCGGUUGGGUAUAGAGGGAGAGAGCUAGGGUUUGUGAAUUCAAAGGGAGGGAAAAUCAGAGCGAGAAGAUCUUCGUAUGUGAACGCAACGCUUGAUUUAAAUGGACUUGAGGUUAUACAUGAUGUUUUUUACUUGAUACAGGAUUUGGCUAGAGGUGUUAUUCCUUUCGAUACUGAGACUCAGGUCAAAGGAGACCUCGGCCUCUUGUUUUUCAAAAUUCCCAUCAAAGGAAGAGUAUCAUGUCAAGUGUUUGUGAAUACAAAUAAUCAGACAAUUGAGCAUCAAGAUUGUUAUCCUGAGAAUAUGCUGAUUAUUACAGCAGCUAGUCAUAUUGGGGAGAAUGGGUAUCUGCUCUCUGAAUGCUAUGAGAAACAAAUUAAGAUGGUCUACUGUGCAUGA